AUGGAUCGACGAUGGUGGAAUGGGUUGAUCUGCAUUCUUUGUCUAGGACUUGGAACGUUGUGUCUUAUGACUGGAUACGAUACACAAUCAAUGAUUGUUGAGUCAGUGCUGCAUUCAGUACAUAUGAGAUCGCCAGAAAGUAUAGCUAAACAUGCCGGAUAUUACGGGCAAGGUGUUCUUUAUGCAGCCUAUACACUGUCGACAUUGUUCGCGCCAUGGAUAUGCUAUCGUAUCGGAUCUAAAUGGUCCUUGUUCGCUGGAAGUGUGUUGUUCUCCAUGUAUCAAGCUGGCUUCUUCAUGCUCAAUUCCUAUUAUUACUAUCUCUCUCAAGCACUUAUGGGAAUUGGUUUUGCAUGUAUGUGUUUGUAUUAUAAUACUUUCGCUAUUGCUGUAAUUCGACCAUGA